AUGACAAGCCUUUCGAGGUUUAGUGGCUGCCCUCUCUCUUGCGUCAACCCCGGGGAGAGCAAUACUGAACCCAGCGUGGUGCUGCCACCUUUGGCAGGAGAGCACAUGGGACACCCCACUGGCAGUUCCUUAAAACUCUGCCCCUCGCACAAUUUGCGAGACUACCCCGAGACGAGGUCCAGUGCAUAUGUUGACCAUUCGGUUCCCAAUUUUUCAGACUCUGGAUACCCCAGCAGCCACCGGUUAGAGCACAGCCCUAGGGGCAUUAUCAUUGGAGCCAAUCUUACUGGAGCCGGCAUGCCACCCGUCACUGAUCAACUGGCAUCAAGAGCUAACCAACAUGGCGGGAUUGGAAGGUAUCGUGACUUUCACGGCUGCAGAGACAACAGAAGCCAUGCUUUUUUCACAAGUUAUCAGGAGCAGGCCCAUGGCUCUAGCGACGCUACUCGAGAUCUCGGCGGCCAGAUGAUGCUGGGUCUACCUGGCGACCUCCUCACCCGGACUCACCCUUAUGGCCAAACUAUCAGCCCCAAGGGAAACAGCCAGCAACUUGUCACACAAUUCCUGGGUCUGUACAAGCCCUUGAACAUGGCAAUUCAGCGUGGAGGAGGCGACGCUUUCCUCAGGUGCUCUAAACAAACAGUGAAGCCUGAGCUGGUGUGCAAGUGGAGUGACGGCCAAGAGGGGGUUGGGAAGCUGGCUUGCUCCAGAGCCUUCGGGACCAUGUAUGAACUUGUCACCCAUGUGACAGUGGAGCAUGUCGGAGGACCAGACCACUCUGAGUAUGUGUGUCACUGGGAGAACUGUGCGAGGGACAGGAAGCCUUUCAAAGCCAAAUACAAACUGGUGAACCACGUCAGAGUCCACACAGGGGAAAAGCCCUUUCCCUGCCCCUUUCACGGCUGUGAGAAAGUUUUUGCAAGAUCAGAAAAUUUAAAGAUCCACAAGAGGACCCACACAGGUGAAAAACCAUUUAAAUGUGAGUUCGAGGGCUGCAACCGGAGGUUUGCGAACAGCAGCGACAGAAAGAAGCAUUCUCACGUGCACUCCAGUGAUAAACCCUACAUGUGCAAGGUCAGGGGCUGCGACAAGUGUUACACCCACCCAAGCUCCCUGCGAAAGCAUAUGAAGCUCCACUGCAACAAGGCCCAAGUCGCCAAGAGCAGCGACGCGCGUCCUGGUGACGGGGGUCACAUUGCGGAGACCAGGUCAACCCGAGUCCCGGAUGGAGGCCCGAUCAGCCCCCCACAACCCCCCACCUCCACCCAAGACGUCCCCAUGUCCCCAGAGAGUCGAGACGAGUCGACCCCGAGGUCACGUUUCCAUCACACAUUUGACAGCAGUUUGGACUACUCCCCACAUAGGUCACAGCCCCUAUUGGACCCUUUGUUACUACAGAGAGGCAGCUACAGGUCCCAGUCCUCCCAGUACCCCUGUGGCCAGACAGGUCACACUUUUGCCCAGAGCUCGAGGACUUUCCCCUCCACAUCUCCCUUUCAGAAAAGUAUUGUGAAUGGAUGGUACACAUGCCACAGCGGCGUGGACUCUUUCCCACCAAAGCAGUGUAAUAACAUUUCGUCUCUCUGA